CUUCCUAUAAAAAGACAAUAAUGAAAGCAUCACCCACACCCACACCCACACAGCAACACCCAACUAUCAAAACCUCUCUCUGAAUCUCACCCCAAGAACUCUCACAUUCCCGACACUGAUAUCCACCUGAUACAAUUCGUGCUCGCCGCCGCCUGCAAUGGAUUCCGUCAAGUCCUUCAAGGGCUACGGCAAAGUAGACGAGCUUGAAGCUGCGGCAUUCAGAAGAAAAACCCGCAAGCGUCUCAUCGUUAUUUCAAUCUCAGUAGUUCUCUUGGUAGUUCUCAUUGUCGGAGUUGUCGCCGGAACUGUAGCUCACAAAAACAAGAAGAGGGAUUCCGGCGAUGCUUCCGCCACUUCCACCGCCGCAGCGAUUAAAUCCAUCUGCAGCGUGACCCAGUACCCAAAUUCGUGUGUCAGCAGCUUGGAGUCUUCCAACUCCUCAAACCCGGAGCGGAUUUUCCAGUUCUCAUUGUCGGUGGUGAUGGAUUCUCUGGAGAAGCUGUCCACGCUUCCCGACGAGUACAUGAACAGAACGGAAGACCCGUUGGUGAAAGAAGCGCUGAGAGUGUGCGGUGACGUGCUAAACGACGCCGUUGACUCCCUCAACGACACCAUAUCCUUGAUGCAGGACGGCGGCCGGAAGCUUAUCUCCAGAACCGACGACUUAAGGACGUGGCUGAGCACCGUCGUGACGGAUCAAGAAACGUGCUUCGACGCUCUGGAUGAGGUAAACGCGACUUUCGUGGAGGAAGUCAAGCUUCUGAUGAAGAACUCCACGGAAUUCGCGAGCAACAGUUUGGCCAUUGUGUCCAAAAUCCUCGGCGCAAUCGGGGAUUUCAAGAUUCCGAUCCACAGGCGGUUGUUGGGAGCCGGGGGGUCUGGUUUCCCGACGUGGGUUGCGGCGGGCGACAGGCGACUGCUCCAGGAGAGUGCGCCGAAGCCGGACGUGACGGUGGCAGCGGACGGCAGCGGAGAUGUGAAGAGCCUGAAAGAGGCAGUGGAUAGGAUUCCGAAGAAGAGCAAGACGAGAUUCGUGAUAUACGUGAAGGCGGGUGAAUAUGUGGAGAAUGUGGUGUUAGACAAAUCCUACUGGAAUCUGAUGAUAUACGGCGACGGCAAGAAUGCGACCAUCAUCUCCGGCAGCAAGAAUUUCGUGGACGGUACUCCCACUUUCUCCACCGCCACCUUCGCGAUUGCUGGAAGAGGAUUCAUUGCUCGAGAUAUAGGCUUUAGAAACACGGCUGGAGCGGCCAAGCACCAGGCCGUGGCUUUUCGGUCCGGCUCCGACCAAUCCGUGUUCUACAGGUGCUCAUUCGAUGCCUUCCAAGACACUCUCUACGCCCACUCCAACCGCCAAUUCUACCGCGAAUGCGACAUAACCGGGACGAUCGACUUCAUCUUUGGCAACUCGGCAGUUGUGUUCCAAAACUGCAACAUCAUGCCCAGACAGCCUAUGCCCAACCAGUUCGUGACAAUAACUGCCCAAGGAAAGAAGGAUCCGAAUCAGAACACUGGGAUUUCCAUCCAACGGUGCACGAUGAGCCCACUUGACACUCUCACUGCCCCAACGUAUCUGGGCAGGCCAUGGAAGGAUUUCUCAGUGACUGUUAUUAUGGAGAGCAGCAUUGGUGGAUUCUUGGACCCGAAAGGCUGGAUUUCAUGGGUCUCCAAUGUGGAUCCACCAAACUCCAUUUUCUACGCGGAGUAUCAGAAUACGGGGCCGGGUGCCAGCACUAGCAACCGGGUUACAUGGGCCGGGUACAAGCCCACCCUUACGGCGGAUCAGGCCUCCAAAUACAAUGUGGAAUCCUUCAUUGAGGGGUCGUCUUGGUUACCGGCUACAGCGGUGACCUUUGAUUCAACCUAGUCAAACACAACCCUAAUUGUCUAUACUUGUUUUCUUUUGUCCUCUGGCAUUUAAAUCUUGUAACAUUAAUUUGAAUUUUGAUAAUUGUGUUUCUAAUUAUCAUUUUUAUUUAUUUUUGCCUCUUUUGAU